AUGUCUUCCCACGGCCGGAGCCCCAUUGUUGGGUUUUACGGGAUGCUUUGCGUCUGGGCUGCCGGGCUCUCGGGCUCCGCGGCGGUGCUGUCUCCAAACGGGACGAUAUUUGAGGACAACUGCAAGAGAGAGACAACCUGCGAGGCCCUUAAAUACAACACAUGUCUCGGAUCGCCCCUGCCAUACACGCAUACCUCCCUGAUCCUGGCGGAGGACUCCAGCACCCAAGAAGAGGCUUUUGAGAAGUUGACCAUGUGGUCCGGUUUGCGGAACGCUCCUCGCUGUUGGUCGGUCAUCCAGCCGUUGCUCUGUGCCGUCUACAUGCCCAAAUGUGAGAAUGGUCGGGUGGAGCUGCCCAGCCAGAGCCUGUGCCUGGCUACACGUCGGCCGUGCAGCAUCGUGGACCAGGAGAGGGGCUGGCCCAGCUUCCUCAAAUGCGACAAAUUCCCUGUGGGAUGUUCGAACGAGGUGCAGAAGCUGAAGUUCAACACGUCGGGCCAGUGUGAAGCUCCCCUGGUGAAGACGGACAUUCAGUCGAGUUGGUACAAGGACGUGGAGGGCUGCGGCAUCCAGUGCGACAACCCUCUGUUCACUGAGGGGGAGCACAAUGACAUGCACGUCUACAUCGCUUACUUCGGCACCAUCACCCUCCUCUGCACCUUCUUCACCCUGGCAACAUUUCUCGCCGACUGGAAAAACUCCAACCGCUACCCAGCUGUCAUUCUCUUCUACAUCAACGCCUGCUUCUUCGUGGGCAGCAUCGGCUGGCUGGCCCAGUUCCUGGAUGGAGCGCGCAAGGAGAUUGUGUGCAAGAGCGACAACACCAUGAGACUUGGGGAGCCCUCGUCUUCAGAGACACUGUCGUGUGUCACCAUCUUCAUCAUCGUCUACUACUCCCUGAUGUCAGGUGUGAUUUGGUUCGUCAUGCUGACCUAUGCCUGGCACACGUCCUUCAAAGCCCUGGGCACCACCCACCAGCCGCUGUCAGGCAGAACCUCCUACUUCCACAUGGUCACCUGGUCCAUCCCCUUCGUCCUCACUGUGGCCAUCCUGGCUAUCGCUGAGGUGGAUGGAGACUCGGUGAGUGGGAUCUGCUUUGUGGGCUACAAAAACUACAGAUACCGGGCUGGGUUUGUGCUGGCGCCCAUUGGUGUUGUGCUCGUUGUCGGUGGCUACUUCCUCAUUCGGGGUGUCAUGACCUUGUUUUCCAUCAAGAGUAACCACCCGGGGCUGCUGAGUGAGAAAGCAGCGAGCAAAAUCAACGAGACGAUGCUGAGACUCGGCAUAUUUGGGUUCCUCGCUUUUGGCUUUGUGUUCAUCACCUUCGGAUGCCACUUCUACGACUUCUUCAACCAGGCUGAAUGGGAGAGGAGCUUCAGAGAAUAUGUGCUGUGUGAGGCCAACGUGACGAUCGCCUCUCAGACCAACAAGCCCAUCCCAGAGUGCACCAUUAAGAACCGGCCGAGCCUCAUGGUGGAGAAAAUCAACCUGUUCUCCAUGUUUGGGACGGGAAUCGCCAUGAGCACCUGGGUCUGGACCAAAGCCACCAUCCUCAUCUGGAAACGCACCUGGUGCAAGAUUAUUGGCCGUAGCGACAAUGAACCCAAGAGGAUCAAGAAGAGCAAGAUGAUUGCCAAGGCGUUUGCCAUGAGGAAAGAGCUCCACAAGGACCCAGAGAAGGAACUGUCGUUCAGCAUGCACACUGUGUCCCAUGACGGGCCAGUGGCCGGAAUCAAUUUUGACCUCAAUGAGCCGUCCAAUGACAUGUCAUCGGCUUGGGCGCAGCAUGUGACUAAGAUGGUGGCCAGGCGAGGUGCCAUCCUGCCUCAGGACAUUUCUGUCACACCCACUGGCACACCAGUGCCACCUCCGGAGGAGAGGAACAGACUGUGGAUGGUGGAGGCUGAGAUUUCACCAGAGAUGAUAAAGAGGAAAAAAAAGAAAAAGAAGAGGAAGAAGGAGGUGCGUCCUGUGAAGGAGGUGGUGGACCACCAGGCUUAUCAUCAGCGCGAGUUUGGCCGCAGCUCAGUUCCCCGCCUGCCCAAACUGCCCUGCCAUCCGAGCCUGGUCGCUAACCUGCGGGAACAGCAGAGGCAACAGCAGAAGCUGGAGGAGGAAGUCCUUCCAGGCUCCUACCCAGACUUCCAAACCUCACACCCUCUGUCCCGUGAGGAGAGAUGUCCCUACCCGCCCUACCAGAGCGGCCAGAACAGCUACGGCCGCAGGCUGCUCUCUAACCCUGUGGCCCUCAACGAUCGUCCGGAGGAUCUGGGUCUCGGCCCACGCUGCCCCCCCUCAGCUUGCACCUGGCAGCCCAGCGGAUCUUCCCACUACCCCGGGGAGGUGGAUCUCACCGACGGGCUGUCGGAGAGGCUGGCCCAUGUGGCUCGAGUACCUGCAGGCCGGAGGGCCGGCUAUGGGCCCAUCCAUUCCCAGACCAAUUUAAUGGAGGCGGAGCUUAUGGAUGCUGACUCUGACUUCUAAGAGCAAAGCUCCAAUAUAUUCUGGCUCUUUCAUUGUGGUACACAGAGAGUAAGCUAUAAAAAGUGCUGGAUACUUUCAGAAUUCUUACUAAAGUGCACCUAAAUUCCAAUGCCCCGAGAUCAAGACUAAGCUGGUCAUUUUU